AUUGAAGAUCAUUUCAUUGGACCAAUUACCUUUGUUACACUCAAGUUUUCGAUGCAAGAUUACCCAAUAAAAUGACUAUAUUUUGAGAUUUACAGUCACUCUUCCAUGGAAGCCAUAAAACCCAUCUUUUUUGGCAUCUCUUUUUUUUCUUUAAACAAAAUAGACCAUACAAGCAUAUGACAGGCUUAUCCAAACAAGAGAUUAAUAGAAUCACAGAUAAAGCUACUACUGCUGUAGAAGUAGAUGGCAUGAGCUGGCCAAGUUUAGGAGCAAAGAAAAGAAGGGACGAAACAGCCGAAGAGAGAGUAGAAAGGGAAAACAAGAUUGCAGAUGCUGUAAAGAUUAUACUGGAAUGCAUCGGUGAAGAUCCUGAACGAGAAGGAUUGUUGAAGACUCCAGAUAGAUAUGCAAAGGCAUUGAUGUUCUUUACAAAAGGCUAUGAACAAAAUAUCCGAGAUGUUGUGAAUGAAGCUGUAUUUGAAGAAGAUCAUGAUGAAAUGGUAUUGGUAAAGGAUGUAGAUGUGUUUUCAUUAUGUGAACACCAUAUGGUACCAUUCAUGGGCAAGAUUCAUAUUGCAUAUAUUCCAAACCGUCGUGUAGUUGGCUUAAGUAAGCUAGCACGUAUCGCCGAAAUGUUUGCUAGAAGAUUACAAGUACAAGAAAGAAUGACAAAGCAAGUCGCUACUGCAUUGAUGGAUAUUUUACAGCCUCAAGGAGUGGCAGUUGUCAUGGAAUGCUCACAUCUGUGUAUGUGUUCACGAGGGGUCCAGAAACCUGGUAGCUCAACCAUUACGAGCUGUAUGUUGGGAGUAUUUAGAAGCAAUCCAAGAACAAGAGAAGAGUUCCUUAGUUUAAUUAAGCGAUAAUAAAUA